AGAAUGCGAUUGCCUUUCUAAUCUUCCUUCCAUUAGAUGCAUGUAUCUGCCACGUCAAUUUUGGCGGAUGUAUUCAAUGCUAGCAGCUUUCAUCAACCCCCAGUCUACAACUCGAAAUCCAUCUUUUGUUGUUGCAUUCCCUGCUAGCAGCUUGCAACGUUCGAAGAGAGUUGGUCAGAGCUGCACCUUUCGGGGGAAUGAACUACGCAGUGAGGGAAGAUUGAAAGAGGACUCAAACAAAUAUUUGCUUCUAAGUCCAGUUCUCAAUUCGAUUUCUGUCUUCAAGAAUAAGGUGCAAAUCGUCUUCGUUGUCGCCCUUUUGUAUACGUCGAUUUGCUCCCGCGUCUUCUCAUCUCGACCGUUGAAGCUGGUGCAUGUAUCCACGCAGCAAUUUAUGUCCAUCACUCACCUCUGUAUAUUUUCGUUCUUUACUUUUCUCUCUCUUUGGUUGACUUUUGUUGCUGUUGUGUAGACCCUGGUGAUUGGGAUCUGUCCCUGAAGAUUUGUCUUCGAUGUUUCUUUUGCUCUUAUUCUUCACUC